AGUGAACCAACUCGUGGGCUGGUGUUCAUGAUUCCGUCAAUAUCCACUUUUCCUUUCCCGUAAUAGUUUCCCUUCUGUCCUGUAAAUUCAUACGCAUAUAUCAAUUAUAAAUCUCGCCGCAGCUUGCACACUGCAGUGUACACGGAAUUCUCGGUUCGAUAGUUAAGUUGGUCCAGUCAACCGAAGUGCCAACCACAGUGUGCUACUAGUUCUGGCCGCUUGUAAGGAUCACAAACCAAGAACACGAAAAAAAAACGAUUGCCAUUGCCUAAUAAUGGAAGUGGAUGAGGGUUGGUCGUGUUGAUGUAGUCGCCGUGGUCUCGUUAAGUGUCGCUGGUGCUUCCCUUUGUUGCGAAGCAGUGCAUUCGAAGGAAUUUAGCGUUGGAGUUGGAAAGUGGAAUUGUGGAAUUUCUAGACCACCCGUAUGCAGCACCGCGUAACUCGAGUACGGCAAGUACGCACACGAAUUGCGCUAUCUUGAUGUAGCGCCUCGUAACAAAGCGCUCGAAAGCUGUCACCUCUAGCGUCCUUCCUACCAGGAGAAUCCGCGUGCACGCGUGUGGCGGGCAAUUUGGCAGGUGGUGGUGGCAAGCAACAAGCAUACAUUCGGGCGCAUUUUUGCUGUCGCUGUAGCUCGCGAGCAGCAGCCGCAGCAGCAACAGUAUUAGCGGGCGGCGAAUGUGGGCAGUACUACGCGACACGGCAGUCGGUUUGCUUGCCGAAAUACACUCACUGCAGAAUGAGGCCAAAAUGUCAAUUAUAAUAGCAAUCGUCUUCAUGGGCUUGCUCGAGUUAGGACGAUCGCAGUACCUAACGACCACUGUACAUAAGACAUCAGCUGCAACGGAGAAGAUUAAUGAUCUCUGGUGUUACUCAUGCAAUGCCACCGACGAUGGGGAGGCUUGUAUCGAGCUGUCGUCCGGAAAUAAUGCAUCCUACGUUAAAAAGUGUAACCCGGAGGAAUUUAUCUGCAUGGUUAAACAAUUUUCCUACACGACCAGCACGGAAAAUUCAACCUCCACGCCAAAGCUGUGGUCGCUCGAGCGGCGCUGCAUCAGCAGCUGUGAAGCGGGUUGCAUCAUUAUAGGCGAACGCACGAAACUGUACGCCUGCACUAGCUGCUGUGAGAAGUCGCUCUGCAACACCGGCAAAGCGCACUCGACCAAUCCGAUGGCACACUUUCGGCGCACCUCAACCACACUGGCGUUAGGCCUGCUGGUGGUACUCUGCGUAGCGAAACCCACGCUGUCAGUGAUGCUCUAGUUUUGCGUACUUUGUAGUACGAACUACUUAAGGUAUUUUAGAAUCUUAUCGCAGUACAGCACAACUUCCCUUCAGGCACUACUUCCAUAAACACGAGCGUAACGAGCGUUCCGAAUCUUCCAAACGGCCAGCAACAGAAACAGAAUAUCUAGACCAAUGCUUCCAGGGACCCCCAUAGUAGAACCACAGCGAGGCCAUUCGAACACAAGUAUUGGGCGCUAGAAGAAACGGUUCGUUACAAGGAUGAUGCCAAACUAGAACACACAAUCUUUAGAAGAACCGUCUACCGAACUGCUUCCCACCUUCCCACCACUCCCUUUGAAAACACGUAUCCAACAAUGCUUGAAAAACAAAAACGAUUCCUCAUCUUCCACAUUCCACGAUCCAUAUUCAAUUCUAUGUCGUUCGUUCCAUUUAGAUAGAAUUUGAAAAACAAAGCAAAAACAAACGUUUACUCUUGUAUAAGUUUCAAAUUAUUAUCUCAGCGCACGGACACUUUAGAUUGUAAGGACACGCAACGUUCAUUCAAAUUCAAACAAAAACCAAUUCUUCGUAAAACAGCGCUCCAAACACACAGAAGUGCACUACAAAAAAAAACUCUCAAAACGACACGCCAACUUUAACAAGGCCCACAAUAAACCGAGUUUCGAUACCAGCCACUACACUUGCUAGCAGAAGCAGUACAAUGGAAGAAUAUUUAAUAGACAUAAUGAUAAGUGAAUCAUCGAAAAGCCGAGUGCAACUACUGUAGCGUAGGUAAGAAAUGGUGCAAAACGCGUGUUUCUAAUCAGCAGUUGAAGUUUUUAGAAUAAUUAAGCCUUUGGGGACAUUGGAACAAUCCACACACACACAGACAACCCCCCCCCCCCCCCCAUAGGAUCGAAACUUGCGAAUUGGUGGAUGCGAUUUGGAACGAUUUUAAAUGUGAAUUUGUAUUCAGUUAUUUAUCGUUUGCAAGACAUAAAUCGCAAGCACUCCGUUUCUCGUACAGCAUUUAAUCCAAUCGCGCAUAUUUGUAGGUUUGGAACGUUUGCAAUUGCUAAUAGUAAAGCAAACCCGUUUAUCUAUCAACACAAGAACACAGACAAACAGACAGAUAGAAGCACCCACACACACACACGAUACACCUCAACAGAUGCCAAUGAGAUUGGUCCAUGGGUUGGACGGCCAAAUAAAAUUAAUAGUAUAAAAGUAAGUAACACAGUAAAGACCAGUGGAGCAGCAGUAGCAGCAGCAGCAGAAGCAAAGGGAAGCAAGCUGAGGGUGACAAGGAAUUUUCAUUUGUACUUUUUGUCAUGUCAUAUCGUCCUAACGUAAGGGAGGGGACGGUUUUUUUCAAUAAAGACAUACAUUUGACGCAAUAAAAAUUUUAACGACGCUAGAAAUCG